AUGAAAAAGUCAUUUUCAUAUCGAGGAGCUUCCGCCUGGAACUCAUUACCUAACGAAAUCUUAGACGUUCACGAACAGUUGACGAUACAUUCUUUUAAAACUAACCUCAACAAUCACCUACGUUGAUAAAAUAUCCAAUUGUAAAGACUCCUAGUCAAUUACACUAUUUUGUAAAUACUUAUAUUAUUUUGUAAAUAUUUAUUUUGUGCUUUCUUUGAUGUAAACAAUCCCUUUAAAAGCAGCGUAGGCUGAAGGGUUAUUGUUUGUAAAUAAGUUUUAAUAAUAAUAAUAAUAAUGUCUACAAUGUCAACGCCGCAAAGUUCAACGUCACACCUGUGCACCCCUGUCAAACUUUGAGAUUCCCACCGCCAGAUUUUCCCAUGUCCACAUCGAUCUCGUUGGUCCUUUACCCCCUUCAAAUGGCAAUUCCUACCUCUUGACCUGCAUUGAUCGUUUCACUCGCUGGCCUGAGGCAAUUCCCAUUUCCACCAUCACAGCAGAAUCCGUGGCCCAAGCCUUCAUCACCCAUUGGAUCGCACGAUUUGGCGUUCCACACAAGAUUACUACAGAUCGUGGAAAACAGUUCGAAAGUCAUCUCUUUGCUGCCCUAACCAACUUCCUUGGCACUACCCGUGUUCGAACUACCGCCUACCACCCCAUUGCUAAUGGUCUCGUGGAACGUUUUCAUCUCCAAUUGAAAGCUUCUCUUAAAGCUACCAACGACCCCUCGCACUGGAGUGAACGCCUACCCCUCGUUCUCUUGGGUAUCCGGAACGCAGUGAAAGCUGAUUUUGGCCACAGUGUUUCAGAACGAGUUUACGGAACGACCCUCUGUCUACCAGGAGUAUUCUUUUCCCACUCCACCGACCACCCUGUUCCAGAUCCUGCAUUCUACGUCGACCGCCUCAAACGAACCCUUAACGACCUGAACCCCCCACCAGACCGCCAGCAACGCCACAAAUCACAUGUUCCAAAAGAUCUACAAACGUGCACCCACUUUUUCAUCCGUCGUGACGCCGUACGAAAGCCUUUGCAGCCUCCGUAUGAUGGCCCAUUUAAAAUUAUUUCGCGAUCACUGAAAUAUUUUAAAGUCGACCUUGGCAAUCGCACUGAUACGGUAUCCAUCGAUCGUUUGAAAUGUGCGCAUCUCGACACAGAUCCUGGCUUGCCUUCUUCUACUCCAGCUACACAUACUACAUCUACAACUACAGAAGCACCUCAAGUUCGACGAACAAGAUCUGGCCGACAUGUCCACUUUCCUGAGCGUUACAUGGCAAUCGUUUGUCGUUAA